GUGACGCUUCUUUUGACCCUUACUAACAUGGCGGCGUACAGGCGUGCAGGAGUUGUAUUGAAUUUCUCUUCCCUAGUCACAGCAACAAGAACUCUCGCGUGUAGACAUCACCAUGGAUCUGCACUUGGUAAGCUUUCCUUCAACAUGAGGACAUUGCCACGGUGUCCUACAGCCACGUUUGUGAGAAACAUGUUUAUUCAGACUCAGGACACUCCGAACCCAAACAGCCUGAAGUUUCUCCCAGGGCGGGUGGUGUUAGAAUCGGGCACUAUGGACUUUGUUGCUCCCAGAGAUGCCUACUGCUCUCCACUGGCCAGGCAGCUCUUCAGAGUUGAUGGCGUCAAAAGUGUCUUCUUAGGCCCAGACUUCAUAACCAUCACAAAGUCUGAUUCACACACGGAAUGGAAUUUGAUUAAACCGGACGUCUUUGCCACCAUUAUGGACUUCUUCACGUCCGGCAUUCCUGUCAUUAAUGAAGACGCCGCUCCACGUACAGACACCGCGCCCUCUGAGGACGACGACGAGGUCGUGGCCAUCAUCAAAGAGCUGCUCGACACACGGAUCAGGCCCACGGUGCAGGAGGACGGUGGUGACGUGCUCUAUCGGGGUUUUGAGGACGGCAUCGUUAAGCUUCAGCUCCAAGGCUCGUGUACCAGCUGCCCCAGUUCCAUCAUCACGCUGAAGAACGGCAUCCAGAACAUGCUGCAGUUUUAUGUCCCUGAGGUGGAGGGAGUAGAACAGGUGAAGGAAGAAGAUGUGGAUGUGGAACAACAUACCCAGCAAUGAGAGCUAGGACACAGGAUCUGGACACUCCUGCCUCCUACAUCUCAAAAAAAACCACCCGAGGAGGAUGAAGACGAUCUUAGCAAACUCUUGGAAAUGUUAUGGAACAUUAUUUUGUUAGGGAAAUGUCAGAAAUGGUUACAGUAAAGAUGAUGGCGGAUCAUACACUCGGUAUGGUUUUGUCUCGAAUCAAAGUAUAACGUGCUUCAAUACCUUGUUGUUGAUUUUAUAGCACUAUACUGUAAAACCAAUUUGACUGUAUAGCACUUAGAUCCUGACUGCAUCAUGCACUUGUGAUAUUUAUAGCAACUUCAGUUUCCUUAAACCACCAUGACACACCACCCCCACCCAAAAUAAAUAAAGGGUCUUGGUGUGUUUUUCCCCAAAGGUGUGUGUAUGAAUGUAAACCUGACCAAGGUUUCUAAAUUAAAACUAUGAAAAUGUUUAAAAA